UGGCCAGGCAUGGGCUGGGGACCAGGGGUGGUCAGGACCCAGGUUACAGUAUUCCCACCUUGGGGCCAGAGACCAGGGUGUGAGGGACAGAGGAGGGAAUGGGCUGGGCUCUCACUUGCCUUUCCUCUGGAAGGGCCCAGAGAAGAGGAGGAUGAUGAUGAUUAUGAGAACACGGCACCACCGUACAAGGACCUUCCUCCCAAGCCAGGUUGGACGGCUCCACCAAGGCCUCCAAGGGCAGGAAAGAAAACAGAGAACCCCCCACUUCCCUGCAAGCUCCUGAAGAACACAGGCCUGAACCUCACCCCUGUCACCUGCACAACUCCUCAACUGGGCACUGAUCUUGUACAUCCUCCAUCCCAGCUGCCUAUAGCCACCACUCCAGUGCCCUGGAUCAGUCAGAAGUCCGGAGGUCUUAGGUGUUACCAGGAGGACAGACUGAUGGUGUACGUGUGUCUGCUGGUGGUGGUGUCACUGCUCAUGGGCUGCACUGGUCUGGCUGUUACCCUGAUUAAAUACCGGGAGGUGGUGGAAGAGCUGAGGAUGUUAACCUUUCAGCAGAUGGCAUGGCGAGCAAAUGUGACUGGCAUGGCGGGGCUAGCCGGCCUGAAGAAGGACAUAGAACGAGUAAGAGCUGACACCAACCAGUCCCUGCUGGAACUUCGGGGCUUAUUAGACUGUACCAGGGUCACCUGCCCUGAGGGCUGGCUCCCUUUUCAGGGUAAGUGUUACUACUUCUCUCCAAGCACCAAGUCAUGGGAUGAAGCCCGGAAGUUCUGCCAGGAGAAUUACUCUCACUUGGUCAUCAUCAGUAACUUUGCUGAGCAGAACUUUGUGGCCAAGGCUCAUGGCUCUCCUCGGGUAUACUGGUUGGGGCUGAACGACAAAAACCGUGAAGGGGACUGGAGGUGGCUGGAUGGGUCACCCAUCACUUUCAGCUUUUGGGACCCACAGGAACCCAACAACCUCCAUGAUGAGGACUGUGCCAGCAUGAACAAAGGUGGCACCUGGAAUGACCUCUCUUGCGACAAAACUACAUAUUGGAUUUGUGAGCGGAAAUGUUCCUGUUGAACCCAAGAGCUGAGGUUGGGUGGGGGUCCGUACCCGGUACCCCUUGGCUUUUGGACAUGAGAACCUCCUGCCCUCUGAGAACUGAUGUGGACGUGCCCAAGAUGGAAACCAGCAGCCUGGAUGUAGCGAGUUCCCUGGGGUGCAAGUCAGAUCAUUUCUAGGGCGAGGACUUGGGGGCUUGUUCAGUUGGAUGGUGUCUUAGUCUGUUCAGCCUGCUGUAACAGAAUACUGUAGAGUGGAUGGCUUAUAAAUAACAGACAUUUAUUUCUCAAAGUUCUGGAAGCUCGUAAGCCCAGGAUCAAGGCUCAGGGAGAUUCAGUGUUUAGUGACGACCUGCUUCCUGGUUCAUAGAUGCCAUCUUCUCACCGAGUCCUCACAUCCUGAGAGGGGCGAGAGCUCUCUGCAGUCCCUUUUAUAAAGACACUAAUCCCAUUAAUGAGGGCUCCACCUCCAUGACCUAAUCACUCCCAAAGUCCCAACCUCCUAAUAGCAUCACAUUGGGGGUUGGAAUUUAACAUAUGAGUUUUUUUUUUUGGGGGGGGGACAUAAAACUCAGUCCAUAGCAGAUGGUGAGCUGGAGAGACACCAGGUCUUGGUAAUGGUCUCCUAGUUCUGGGGUCUGGAGGAAAGUCACCAAGUCCCUGGCUCUUAGGAAAUGAUACUGAUUCUGGGAGCUCCAGGUCUGGCACUGAUUGAGCUGGAACAGAAAAUACCCUGGCUCCUCUGGACCAUGAUAUGCUGGGACUGGGAUCCCUUACUGCCUACUUGAUGCAGACCAGCUUCUGGGAAGCAGGUGGGGCAAAAUUAUUCCUGACAUGAAGCUUUUUCGAUGUCCUGGGUGAGGUCUGCCCAAGCUAAGUGGUGGCAUCAGACCUCUGCCAAGACAUGGAACUUCUAGAAAGACACACCAGCUGAAUCAUCCAGUGUGGCAGGCCACGUCUUGGUCAGAUCCUCAGGACAAUGGCGAUAUCUACCCACAUGUGCCUUUAGGCUGUUUGUUGGUCUGUAAAGCUCUUUGAUGAAGUAAUUCACUUGACUUAUGAGUGAUGUUAAAGCUUCUCAAAAUGCCAGUUCAUUGUGUGGUCCUUGCCCACUGUGUCAGUUUGCUGGGGCUGCCAUAAUAAAAUGCCAUCAACUGGCUUAAACAACAGAAAUGCAUUGUCUCGCAUUUCUGGAGGAUGGAAGUCUGAGAUCAAGGUGUUGGCGUGGCUGGUUUCUGGUGAGCUCUCUCUCCUUGGCUUGUGGAUGGGCUGUCUUCUCUCUGUGUCUUCACGUGGUUUUCCCUUUGUAAGUGUCUGUGUCAUAAUCUCAUCUUCUUUUUUUUUGAAAAAAUAUUUAUUUAUUUUUGGCCGCACGGCACGGCUUGAGGGAUCUUAGUUCCCCGACCAGGGAUUGAACCUGGGCCCCUGCAGUGAAAGUGAGGAGUCCUAACCGCUGGACCACCAGGGAAUUCCCAUUGUCUUCUUCUUUUAAGGACACCAGACAUAUUGGAUUAGAGCCCACCCUGAUGACAUGAUUUAAUUUAAUUACCUCUUUGGACACUUUAUCUCCAAAGUCUCCACAUUCUGAGGUUAUGUGGGCUGGGGGUUAAGGCUUUAACAUGUGAAUUUUGGGAGGGGGGUGCACAAUUCAACCCACUAAAUGCCAGAGGUGUCCUUCCCAGUCAUUGUGCUAAUCAAAAACACUCCUUAGGGUUUCCCUGGUGGCGCAGUGGUUGAGAGUUCGCCUGCCGAUGCAGGGGACACGGGUUCGUGCCCCGGUCCGGGAAGAUCCCACAUGCCGCGGAGCGGCUGGGCCCGUGAGCCAUGGCCGCUGAGCCUGCGUGUCCGGAGCCUGCGCCCCGCAACAGGAGAGGCCACAACAGUGAGAGACCCGCGUACCGCAAAAAACAAAACAAAAAACAAAACAAAACAAAAACACUCCCUAGAGGGCUGGUACUACCCCCAGCUGAGCACAACUCAACACAUCAAUCUCUUUAGACAAUCCCUGCAUUUGUGUCCAGGGGUGGGUACAAGCCAGUCAAUUUAUUGAUCAACAAGUGCCCUUGACUAAUAGCACAAUAGUUCCUGUUUUGACUGAGAGCGGGGGUGGGGGUGGGGGGGGGUGAUUAAGGCAAGGAGGCUCUGAGCAGGGGAAGCAGUGGGAGCAGGGGAUUGGCAUUCACCUCACUUCCUGUUCCCUCUGUACUUGUCUCCUCCCACCUCCACACCUGCCCCCCAACUCAUCAGUAUCGAAACUAACCCUCCAUAUGGCCCAUAGACUGCAGAGUGGGUGGGCAUCCUGUUCUAAGCCCUCUACCCAGGGGAACUUUGGCCCAAGAAACUGUUUUUGUCAGAAGAGGAAGAGGAAACUUCAGUUUCCCUGAAUAUGUGUGCUGAGAAAUGGGGAAGCAGGAGCGCUGUGGUCACAUCUGUGAGUCAUGCUGUGGGGGAGUGGUCCAUAGUGGAGCUGGUCCAAACCUAUCUCCCUUCUGCAUCUCUCAUGAUUGUCUAAUUUCAGGUAGAGAGGAAAACAUGAAGGAGGUCCUCUUUACCUCUUUUUUUUUAAAAAAAUUAUUUAAUUAAUUUAUUUUUGGCUGCAUUGGGUCUUCCUUGCUGCCAUUGGGCUUUCUCUAAUUGCGGCGAGCGGGGGCUACUCUUUGUUGCGGUGCGGAGGCUUCUCAUUGCGGUGUCUUCUUUUGUUGUGGAUCAUGGGCUCUAGGCGCGCAGGCUUCAGUAGUUGUGGCGCACGGGCUUAGCUGCUCUGCAGCAUGUGGGAUCUUCCAAGACCAGGGCUUGAACCUGUGUCCCCUGUAUUGGCAGGUGGAUUCUUAACCACUGUGCCACCAGGGAAAGCUCUCUUUACCUCUUUGGGUCUAGGGGACCAAAGGUUGGGCAUUCUUGGUGGUUAAAAAAAAAAAGCCAUGAUUAGUCAAGCAUAUAUUAUGCACUAGAUAGAUGGAGUAGCUCUCAUUUAAUCUUCACGAUGAUUUUGUGAGGUUGGAAUAAUUACCAACCCCAUUUUAUAGCUGGGAAAACUGAGGCCCAGAGGGGUCUCAUGGCCUGUCCAUUGUCAUUUAGUGGAUAAGUGGCAGAGAUGGUAUUUGGACUCAGUCUGUGCCUCCAGUGGUUGAUCUCUCUCUGUAGCACCUGCUGCCAUUCAAGGGACUGUCCGUAAACCUGAAUUAUCUCUGAAAACUCUAACCUUGUAGCUCUUGCCUCAGCCCACAGUUAUAGGAAAGGAACAACAUGAUAUGAUAGAACAGACAUCCUGGACUGAGGUAGGAGAGCAGGAGUUGGAUUCUGAGUCUGUUGAUAAAUCAUCUCUGUGGCUCUCCUGGGGCUAUUACAAUAACGCAGGUGAGGGAUGAUGGGGACCAGGGAGCUAAUUGUGAAGGCAGGAAGAAUUCUAGAUCUAUUUUGAAGAUACAGCGAGUGAGAUUUGCUGAUGAAUUGGAUGUUGGGUGUGAGAGAAAAAGCCUAAAGAAUGACUCCAGGUUUUCCGCUUAAUUAGUAGGAAAGAAGGAGUUAUCGUUACUAGAGAUGGGGAAGAAAAAGUACUUAUGCUAACAACACAGUUAAAUUUAGGUGGUUCAUGAACUCCUGCCAAGUUCUAAGAACUUCUCUUGGGUCAAGGAUAGAAUCUUGUAUGUAGCAGAUGUGGUCAUGCCCUGCUUAUAUCCUUAGUCCUCACAUUUUCAGUGACUUCUGUUGGCCAGCAGCUGCCACUGGAAAACACCGUAUCUGGCAGAAGGCAGGUGAGAAGCAUCAGGGGGAAAAUGCUUCCCGGAACAAUCCUCGACCAAAGCCUGAACUUGGUAUACACAUGCCCCAGCUCCCUCAUCCCUCAGGUGAGAUGAGUCUGAGAUGCAGGUCCCAAGUGAUUGCCCAGAGGUCCCUGCUGGGAUUAAGCUCCCAUCUUGUAUUGGCUUCCUUUCUUCCCCCGAUUCACUUCUUUGCAACCCUGCUGGUGUUUACCGGGAUCACCUCCAAAAUAAACUACUUGCAUUAGAAUCCUUGUUUCAGAAUUUGCUCCUGGGGGAGCCCAAACUAAGACACUAUGGGACAGGAGAAGAUGAGAUUGCAAUGUGAUUCUGGUUUUCCUGGGAUGGAGGGGUUUCUGGGAUGCAGGACUUUUAGUGCCAAACCUGGGAAAGUCCAGGGCGAACUGGGAUGAGUUGACCACCCUUAUAGGAGGACAGUGUGGUGUUAGAGAAGCCAGGAGAAGAGAAUGCUUCAAGAAGGAAAGGGGAUAAUGCAUACAUAGAUAAAAUCAUCAUGUUGUACACCUUAAAUAUAUACAAAUUUUGUUUGUUAAUUAUAUCUCAAUAAAGUUGGAAAAAAUACCUAAAAAUACUUGAUUGUCAAAAAAGAGAAGAAAGGAGGACCAACAGAGUGAAAUGUGACCCAAAGGUCAAGUUAGAAAAGACUGAGAAGCCAUCAGUGAACUUAGCACUGAGGAAGUAUUUGGGACAUUGAGUCAUUCUUGGGUGUGUUGGAAGCAGAAAUCAGACUGCGGUGGGCUGAGCAGUGAAGGGUGGGAGGAAGUGGGCACAGCAGGGUGUAAACAAAUUUUCUAGAAUUUUGGCUAUGAAGAGAAGUAGAUAGAAUGGUUAUUGUAGCAGGGGGAACUUCUGGGGUGGAAGAGACCUGAACAUACUUCCUCCCUACUCUUCCAACCUCUACCCACAACUAGUCCCAUAGUAGAUCUCCUGGGUCUCCAAGACUGAUCAUUUUCCUUCAUGAUUUUCAUCUUUUGGCAUUUUUUUUGCUCUGUUUUUUUCUUUUUUUUUUUUGAGAUAUUUCUUCCACAUGGUCUUCUAACUCACUAAUUUGUCUCAUCCUCUUCUUUAAUUCAUCCAGUAAAAUUCAUCUUUUUAUUUAUUCCCUUUUUAUUUGGUUCCAUAGAAUGUUUUGGUGCUGUACUUGAACCUCCUUGCAUUCUUCUUUUUUAUUAUUCUUGUUUAAAGUUGUUGUCUGUCUACUCCAGCAGCUCGAUUUUCCUGGGUGACAAUUAUGUUGGACCAUCCUCUUUUUGGCUGUUGGGGGCCUCUCACGGGCUGUCAUUUUUCUUUGGGGCUCAGAUGUGGGGGUUGAGAACUCUAAGUGGUGACAGUUUCCCAAGUGAUGAAAGGAGAUGGAUUCUUCCCUGCAGGGGUCUAUGUGUGCACUAGGCAGGUGUGCAGAGGUGCCUCCUUGCUCCCCAAUCUCCUUGCUUUCUUCUAGAUUCAGGAGCAGAGCUCCUUUUGGAGUCCUUGGGAGCCAGAUGGAUCAGACACACACACACAGGAGUGAUGCUGACCUUAUCCCAGGAUGUCUGUGGACCCUGGUGGAUCAGACUCUUCAUAGGAUGAACUGUGUCUGAUUUCCACCCAGAGCAUUCUUCAGCUUACCUUGGAACUUUCCACCUGGUGCAUAGGGGAGACAUUUCAACCCCAGAUUUCCCUUUGGGGAUUCCCCCCAGAGAUAUCACUCUCAUGCCCACCCAGCUGCCAUGGGUCCCAGCAGACUUUUGGUUCAAAGAGGCAGAUAUAUUAAGGUAGAGAGUGGAGGGGAACUGAGAUGUGUGCAGAUGGCCAUUUUCCUAGAAUCUUCCAUCUCUCUUUCUUUAUCAUGGGGGCCAGCAAGCUAUAGCGUUGUGUGUGUGUGUCUCAAAUCCUUCCUGCGGCCUGUUUUUGUAUGGCCAGUGAGCUAGGGAUGGUUUUUGUAUUUCUAAAGUGAUAUACACAUAUAUCCCUUUACACACAUUAUCACACAAAUGUAUUUAUGUCUGUCUGUCUAUCUAUCACCUAUCUUCCUAUCUAUCUAUCACUAUAUCUAGCCUGAAAAGUCUAAAAUAUCUGGCCCUUUACAGAAAAAGUUUGCUCCUCCAUUUUUAAAAAAAGUAUUUAUUUAUUUAUCUAUUUAUUUAUUUGGCUGUGUUGGGUCUUAGUUGUGGCAUGCGGGAUCUUUCAUUGUGGUGCAUGGGCUCUUUGUUGCCGCACAGGCUCUUCUCUCUAGUCGUGGUGCGCGGGCUCUAGAGUGCGCAGUCUCAGUAGUUGUAGCAUGCAAGCUCUCUAGUUGUGGUGCAUGGGCUCCAGAGUACGCAGGCUCAGUAGCUGCACACAUGGGCUUAGUUGCCCUGCAGCAUGUGGGAUCUCAGUUCCCCGACCAGGGAUUGAACCCGUGUCCCCUGCAUUGGAAGGUGGAUUCUUAACCACUGGACCACCAGGAAACUCCCGCUCAUCCAUCUUUAGCAUAUUUAAAUGCCACUGAGGAAUGUGAGGAUGUGAGAGAGAUGGAAGACUCAGGAGAGAGAGGAGAUAAUCAAUGGAGAAAGGUCCCCAAAGAGGCAGGAGGAGACAAGAUCCAAAGCACAGCGGUGGAGGUUAGUUUCAAACAAGAAGAGGGACCCUCUCUGCCAUUGUGGAAGAAUGGAGGAGAUGAUGAGAAUCAGUGGGGGAAGGAAUCAAGGAUGAGUGUGGAUGUGGGUAUAAUUGUAAGGGAUGUCAGAAAGUUGAGGGAGUUUUCAUAAGCUGGUGUUUAUUUUCUCUGUGAAGUAGGAGACAGUCUUCUACCUUAUAUAGAGAAAGAGGAUGCAGAUUGGGGAAAGAACUGAAAAACUAGAACUCCCCAUGUGGGGAAGUUGACCAGGGAGAGGAAGAGUGAGUUCCAGGUAGCCUGGAAGGUCUUGUUUAGACCAGAAAACACACAUUUGUAUUGGCUCCUAGCUGAGUGAUUCUGAGAGCUCACUGCCUUGAUGGAGAGCAGAGAAGAGACAUGACUGGUUCAUAAGGAAGGAUGCUUUGGACUGCAAGUAACAGAUAACCUGACCCAACUGGCUUAACAAAAGGAGUUUAUUUGUCUUACAUAUGAAAAAGUUCAAGGGUUGGUUCAGCAACCCAACAGUGUCAUAAAAGCCCAGAUUAUUUCUGUCUUUUCACUCUUCCACCCUUAGUAUUUCCAUGAUAUCUUCUCUCCAAGCCUCAUAUUAUUAUAUGAUAGCAGCUAAAACUAGGAAGUAAUCGGCAAGCCCUUCUUGAAUUUGUAUUUGUUUUUAUCAAGGACAGAAUAUAUGUGCCAGUAGGUGUUUCUUAUAUCUCAGUGGGUAGAAUUGAUCCAAAUGCCCAUCGUCAAUGGUUUGGGAGGUUUCUCAACCUCAGAACUACUGAUAUUUAGGGAUGGACAGUUCUUUGCUGUAUAUGUGGGGGGCUGUCUUGUGUAUUGUAGGAUAUUCAACAGCAUCCCUGGCAUCUGUCACUUCGGUGUCAGUAGCAUCCCCCCUUGCCCCAGUCAUGACAACCAAAAAUGUCUCUAGACAUUGCCAAAUGUCCCUAAUGGUGGGGAUAAAUCACCUCCAGUUGAGAAUCACUGGGCUGAGACCAAUCUCAAUGGACCUCUGGACCCAGGUACAGUGCUAUCCCAAAUAUGAAAACAAUCAAGGUUCUGUCAACAAGGAACAUGUGAUGGUGGUGAUGGCUGCUGAGUAGACAAGCCACAGUGCCUGCCAUGUUUGGAUCAGUCCUGGAUUUGGGUAUUCCCAGCUAAAUGUAGAAUCAGACUGAGGAAGCAAUGGUGUUGAGAGCAUGGGAGAGGAUCAUUUGACAUGGUUGAUCAUGAGAUUUAGCCUGGAUAAGAGAGGAGGUAAAGAUGAUGGUUUGGAAGAAGAUGAUGGUUUGAGGGACUCAAUGAGUUUAAACUCGUUUAGUUUAAACUCAUAGUUUAGAGCAAGUUUAGGAGAGAGAGUAAGAAACUGAAAAAAGGCCUUGAAAAGGGCUUCUUUAUUUACAAAAAGUCCAGGGAAUAUUUGCAAUGGUCAUGAUUUGUGUAUCCAGGAACAAGCAUGGAUUGAACACAUCAGUGAAGAGAAGUCCAAUUGAAUACACAUUUAUUGAGAGCACAUUAUGCAGAACAAACACUUCAGGAAGUAAAGGUUAAGCAUUUCCUCUCCAGGAAUGACAUGUAUGAUGAUUCUUCUUGUCCCCACCUUCAUUCUUUAUGAUGCCAACCAGAUCCACAUGUAUGGCUUUCCAUGAGGAGCUGAAUGUUCUAGUUUUAGUAUUUUCACUUGUCCUGGAAAACAUGCCCCCCCCAAACAAGACGUUUAGAUUAAAGGUAGAUGUAAGGAUAGAACAAACAAACAAACAAACGAACGAACGAACGAAUGACAACAAAACAGAAAGAAA